CUGAUAAACCAUAAUAUGAUAACACUGACAUCCUGGUUACUGAUGAAUAUAAAUAACUGGAUCCUAGUGAAUAUAAACAGAAUUCCUGAGCCAGUAAAUGAAUAGACGUGAGCGUCAGACAGCCUGUGACACAGUAAUACAAGAUGGAUUCCAGCGCCCAUAAAUUCUAUCCUGUACAAGGCAUUGAUUCUAGAGAAUAUCUGGAAACAUAUUUUUCUAACAAACCAGACAUGGUCUUUGGAGACGAUACAAUUAAAUUUCCAAUGGAAAGUUUACACCGUGCAUUCAGUGAGGGUCACAUUAAGGGAGACCUUUUGAUUGACAUCAGUUUUGGAGCUUUUAUUCAUCAUCUCUAUACAGCCAGUGGAUAUUUCAACCAGAUCCUUGUGCUGAAGUGCUCUGAGCAAUGUAUUAUGGAGCUGAACAGAUGGAUUAACACACGUACCGGAGCGUUUGAUUGGUCUCACAUAAUGGAAUAUAUUAAAUGCACAGAAGGAAAUAGUGACCAAUGUCCGGACAAUCACAUGACAUUGAAGACGGCAAUAACAAAGAUCAUGAAAUGUGACACUGACAAUGAGAAUCUCACACACCCGGAGGUGCUCCCACCAGCAGACUGUGUCAUCAGUGCAUGGAUGUUGGAUGCCAUCAGCAAAGACCAAGAUGAUUAUAUAAGGAGUUUCAGAAACAUUGUGAAGCUACUGAAACCUGAAGGAUACCUGAUAUUGUUUGGGGUUUUAAAUAUAACUUAUGCAAUGAUUGGGCAGGACAGGGUACACUCGCUCACAUAUGAUGAGAAAUUUGUAAGAAAAGUUCUCACUGAUGAAGGGUUUGUUAUUGAUCACUGUGCAGUCCAGAAAAGAACAGCAGAUAGUGACCUUACUGACUAUGGGGCAAUUAUAUUUAUCACAGCUCGCAGAGAGUAAUAAGGGUCUGAUUCUGAGUCACAGGCUGUGUCAGGUGCAGUUACACAUUUUCUUUAUACUGCGCAUGUGUCUACAUCGCACUGUGCAUACAUCCUGAUUGUGUUUGUACAGAGAU